GUCAAAUUGUGAGGUACGGGAAUAUAAGAAUGAUGCCGAGUUGACAAGAUGCCGGAGAAUUUUCGUGUUAUUUUGCAGAAUAGGCCAGGAGUUCAAGGUGAGCCAAAAGAAACAAACUUCCACCAUGAGGUAUGUCCCUUCCCAAACUCGCCAGAGCCAGGCCAGGUCCUUGUGAAGACGCUUUACCUGUCUGUGGAUCCAGCCCUGCGAUGUCGGAUGAAUGAGAGCACAGGUGUGGAGUAUAUGGGUCCGUGGGCAUUGGGUGAGAUGAUCUUAGGACUGGGUGGGGUGGGAGAGGUGUAUCAGUCAAACCAUGAAGGCUACACCCCAGGGGAUCUUGUACAAGGGGCAUUCUCCUGGCCAUGGACGAACUAUUUUAUCUGGGAAAAGACCAGUGGUAUGGACUUGGACAAGGUGGACAGAUCAUUAGUUGGGGACAGACCCUCUCUCAUCCUCAGUGUGUUAGGACUUACAGGCUUGACAUCUUUACUGGGCAUCAGAGAGAAAGGUCAGCUGACCCCAGGAGCCAAUGAGACUGUGGUAAUUAGUGGUGCAGCAGGUGCUUGUGGCUCAUUGGCUGGACAAAUCGCUAAACUGGAGGGUGCUGGUAAGGUCAUUGGAAUUUGUGGAUCAGAUGAGAAAUGUGAUUAUCUGACGGGCGAUCUGGUGUUUGACUCCGCUAUCAAUUACAAAACACAAAAUGUAGCAGAGAAGUUGAAAACAACCUGCCCAGAUGGAAUCCAAGUUUACUUUGACAACGUUGGGGGAGACAUCAGUGAAACUGUCAUUUCACAGAUGACGCCAAACUCUCGUGUGAUUCUGUGUGGUCAGAUUUCUGUGUAUAACAAUGAUGUACCAUAUCCUCCCCCUAUCAGUGCCAGUUUGGAGGCCAUCAUUGCUGAGAGGAAAAUAUCCAGGGACCGUUUCCUGGUGCUGAAUUAUGCGGCUAAGUUUAAGUCUGGACUUGAGCAGCUGAUCACCUGGCUAGCUGAUGGGAAGAUAAAGGUUCGGGAAACGGUAGCUGAGGGAUUGGAGAAAGCAGGCUCAGCGUUUGUAUCCAUGAUGAAGGGAGGGAAUAUUGGUAAACAAAUUGUCCAUGUGGCUGAUCCAACAAAAAACACCCAAUGACAGUCAUCUUCUUGUAACUCGAGAAAUGGACUCCCCCUUCCCCCCCAAAUCCCCCGAGUGGAAUUUUGGCAGCAAAAGAUUCUUGUUUUCAUAUAUUACCAUGUAACCAUAUACUUGUACUGCUGCAUGCAUAUCAUUAUGUUAAGUGCAGAUCAUUUUUCAUAUGCAGGAUAUUGCUGGUUCAGUAAAAUACAUUA